GGGACGGACCAAUCCGCGACUCUCCGCCGGGGCCUCCAGCCCUCAGGAAAGUUAGUUGGUUCUGGAAAACUUCCCCUGCAAGAUGGCUCAGCGUUGAUUUGUGGGGCCCACGCUGAUGGUUGCCUGACCCCGUGCCUCGGAGAUACCGGCCCAACCCCCGAGCAUCGCACCUCCGCGGCCCUCGAACUGCCCUCUCCCGCCCAUGGCUGUGGCCGAGCUGUACACGCAGUACAACAGGGUUUGGAUUCCGGAUCCUGAAGAAGUGUGGAAGUCUGCUGAAAUAGCAAAGGACUAUAAAAUUGGCGACAAAGUCCUACAACUCCUGCUGGAGGAUGGCACGGAGCUGGAUUAUUCUGUUGAUCCAGAAUCUUUGCCUCCACUUCGUAAUCCUGACAUCCUGGUGGGUGAGAAUGACCUCACAGCCCUCAGCUAUCUCCACGAGCCUGCAGUGCUUCACAAUCUCAGAAUCCGAUUUGCAGAAUCCAAACUCAUUUACACCUACAGUGGAAUCAUCUUGGUGGCCAUGAAUCCUUACAAGCAGUUGCCGAUAUAUGGAGAUGCCAUCAUCCAUGCCUACAGUGGGCAGAAUAUGGGUGAUAUGGACCCACACAUAUUUGCUGUGGCAGAAGAGGCCUACAAGCAGAUGGCCAGAAACAAUAAAAAUCAGUCAAUAAUUGUAAGCGGGGAGUCAGGAGCUGGAAAGACAGUAUCUGCUCGCUAUGCCAUGAGAUACUUUGCCACCGUCAGCAAGUCCAGCAGUAAUGCUCAUGUGGAAGACAAGGUUCUGGCAUCAAACCCCAUAACUGAGGCUGUUGGAAAUGCCAAGACCACUCGCAAUGACAAUAGCAGUCGGUUUGGGAAAUACACAGAAAUCAGUUUUGAUGAGAGAAAUCAAAUUAUAGGAGCCAAUAUGAGAACAUACUUGCUGGAGAAAUCCAGAGUUGUCUUUCAAUCGGAAAAUGAACGAAAUUACCACAUUUUCUAUCAGCUUUGUGCAUCAGCACAACAGUCGGAAUUUAAACAUCUUAAAUUGGCAAGUGCAGAAGAAUUUAAUUAUACACGAAUGGGAGGCAGUACCGUCAUUGAGGGUGUGAAUGACAGAGCUGACAUGAUAGAGACUCAGAAGACCUUCUCACUACUGGGUUUCAAAGAAGAUUUUCAGAUGGAUGUUUUUAAAAUCCUUGCAGCCAUCCUACAUCUGGGCAACGUGGAGAUCAUAGCAGUGGGCAACGAGAGAUCGGCGGUCAGUGAGGACGACAGUCACUUGAAGGUGUUCUGUGAGCUCCUGGGCCUGGAGAGCGGCAAAGUGGCUCAGUGGCUAUGCAAUCGCAAGAUCAUCACGACCUCUGAGACGGUGGUGAAGCCCAUGACCAGGCCCCAGGCCACCAAUGCCAGGGAUGCACUGGCCAAAAAGAUCUAUGCGCACCUGUUUGACUUCAUAGUGGAGAGAAUUAAUCAAGCCUUGCAGUUUUCAGGCAAGCAGCACACUUUUAUUGGUGUUUUGGACAUUUAUGGUUUUGAAACCUUUGAUGUGAACAGCUUUGAACAGUUUUGCAUCAAUUAUGCUAACGAAAAGCUGCAACAGCAGUUUAAUCUGCAUGUCUUUAAACUUGAACAAGAAGAAUAUAUGAAGGAAGAUAUUCCUUGGACUCUGAUAGAUUUUUAUGACAACCAACCAGUUAUCGACCUGAUUGAAGCAAAAAUGGGCAUUUUGGAGUUACUGGAUGAAGAAUGCUUGUUACCACAUGGGACUGAUGAAAACUGGCUUCAAAAGCUGUAUAAUAAUUUUAUCAACAAGAACUCUUUGUUUGAAAAACCGAGAAUGUCAAACACAUCUUUCAUCAUCCAACACUUUGCUGAUAAGGUAGAGUAUAAAUGUGAAGGUUUCCUUGAGAAAAACAGAGACACUGUCUAUGACAUGUUGGUUGAAAUCCUGAGAGCAAGCAAGUUUCAUCUCUGUGCCAACUUUUUUCAAGAAAAUCCGGUUCUUUCUUCCCCUUUUGGUUCAGCAAUCACAGUUAAAUCUGCAAAGCCAGUCAUCAAGCCAAACAAUAAGCAUUUCCGGAGCACAGUGGGGAGCAAGUUUCGCAGCUCUCUGUACUUGCUCAUGGAGACCCUCAAUGCCACCACGCCCCACUAUGUUCGGUGCAUCAAGCCAAAUGAUGAGAAAUUGCCCUUUGAAUUUGACUCCAAAAGAAUUGUUCAGCAGCUGCGAGCCUGCGGUGUUUUGGAAACGAUUCGCAUUAGUGCCCAGAGCUAUCCUUCUAGGUGGACAUACAUCGAGUUUUACAGUCGCUACGGGAUCCUCAUGACCAAGCAGGAGCUCUCAUUCAGUGAUAAAAAGGAGGUGUGCAAAGUGGUUUUACACAGGCUCAUCCAGGAUUCUAAUCAGUACCAGUUUGGUAAAACCAAAAUUUUCUUCAGAGCAGGGCAAGUGGCUUAUUUAGAGAAACUCCGGUUGGAUAAAUUAAGGCAGGGUUGUGUUGUGAUACAAAAGCACAUCCGAGGCUGGCUCCAGAGAAAAAAAUUCCUCCGAGAGAGACGAGCAGCUCUGAUCAUUCAGCAGUACUUCCGGGGUCAGCAAACUGUGAGGAAAGCUGUGACGGCCACAGCCUUAAAAGAAGCGUGGGCAGCCAUAAUCAUCCAAAAGCACUGUCGUGGGUACCUUGUUCGCAAUCUGUACCAGCUGAUUCGUGUGGCCACCAUCACCAUCCAGGCCUACACCCGAGGAUUCCUAGCAAGGAGGAGGUAUCGAAAGAUACUGGAGGAACACAAGGCUGUGAUCCUUCAGAAAUAUGCCCGGGCGUGGCUGGCCAGACGCAGAUUCCAGAAUAUACGACGAUUUGUGCUCAACAUUCAGCUUACUUAUAGAGUCCAGCGUUUGCAGAAAAAACUAGAAGAUCAGAACAAAGAGAACCAUGGGCUGGUGGAGAAGCUGACCAGCCUGGCUGCUCUUCGGGCCAGUGACAUGGAGAAGAUUCAGAAACUGGAAUCAGAACUAGACAGAGCAGCCACCCACAGGCAGAAUUAUGAGGAGAAGGGGAAGAGAUACAAAGCUUCCAUGGAAGAGAAAUUGGCAAAGCUUCAGAAGCAUAAUUCAGAAUUGGAAAUGCAAAAGGAGCAAAUACAGCUGAAGCUCCAGGAGAAGACUGAAGAGUUGAAAGAAAAAAUGGAUGACCUCACCAAGCAGCUCUUUGAAGAUGUGCAGAAAGAAGAACGACAAAGAAUACUUCUUGAAAAAAGUUUUGAACUGAAAACACGAGACUAUGAGGAGCAGAUCCAGACCUUGAAAGAAGAAAUUAAAGUUCUCAAGGAUGAAAAACUGCACCUGCAGCAUCAGCUGGAGGAAGAACAGGCCAUGUCUGAGGGCCUCAAGGGAGAGGUGGCCCGGUUGAGCAAGCAGGCAAAGACAAUCUCUGAGUUUGAAAAGGAGAUAGAGCUACUUCAGACACAGAAGAUAGACGUGGAAAAACAUGUGCAGUCCCAGAAACGAGAAAUGAGAGAAAAGAUGUCAGAAAUCACCAAACAGCUUCUUGAGAGCUAUGAUGUUGAAGAUGUAAGAAGCAGGCUCUCUGUGGAAGAUUUGGAACAUUUAAAUGAGGAUGGAGAACUUUGGUUUGCUUAUGAAGGACUAAAGAAAGCAACACGUGUUUUGGAGAGCCAUUUCCAGUCCCAGAAGGACUGCUAUGAAAAGGAGAUUGAAGCUCUGAACUUCAAAGUGGUGCAUCUAAGUCAAGAAAUCAACCACCUGCAGAAAUUAUUUAGAGAGGAGAAUGACAUCAAUGAAAGUAUCCGUCAUGAAGUUACCAGGCUAACGUCAGAAAACAUGAUGAUACCAGACUUUAAACAGCAAAUUUCAGAACUGGAGAAACAGAAGCAAGAUCUUGAAAUUCGCCUGAAUGAACAAACUGAAAACAUGAAAGGAAAACUAGAAGAAUUGUCUAAUCAAUUGAAUCGCAAUCGAGAAGAGGAAGGAACACAAAGAAAGACCAUAGAAGCCCAAAAUGAAAUACAUACCAAAGAGAGAGAGAAGCUGAUGGAUAAGAUUCAAGAAAUGCAGGAGGCCAGCGAGCACUUGAAGAAACAAUUUGAGACUGAAAGUGAAGUGAAGAGUAGUUUCCGGCAGGAAGCAUCUCGUCUCACUAUGGAAAACAGGGAUCUUGAAGAAGAGUUGGACAUGAAGGACAGAGUGAUUAAAAAGUUACAAGAUCAAGUGAAGACUCUAACCAAGACGAUUGAAAAAACCAAUGAUGUGCGCUUGUCAUCAGGACCCAAGGAAUACCUAGGAAUGCUGGAAUACAAAAGAGAAGAUGAAGCCAAGCUCAUCCAAAACCUCAUUCUUGACCUGAAGCCCCGCGGUGUGGUGGUGAACAUGAUCCCCGGGCUGCCGGCUCACAUCCUGUUCAUGUGUGUUCGCUAUGCAGACUCUCUAAAUGAUGCCAACAUGCUCAAAUCUCUCAUGAACAGUGCAAUUAAUGGCAUCAAGCAGGUGGUUAAGGAACAUUUAGAAGACUUUGAGCUGCUGUCCUUUUGGCUUUCCAAUACCUGUCAUUUCCUCAAUUGCCUGAAGCAGUACAGUGGAGAAGAGGAAUUCAUGAAGCAUAAUAGUCCACAUCAGAAUAAAAACUGCUUGAACAAUUUUGACCUUUCAGAAUACAGACAGAUUCUUAGUGAUGUGGCUAUACGAAUAUAUCAUCAGUUCAUUAUUGUAAUGGAAAAUAACAUUCAACCAAUAAUAGUGCCGGGCAUGCUGGAGUAUGAGAGUCUGCAGGGCAUUUCUGGUCUGAAGCCCACGGGCUUCCGGAAGCGGUCGUCCAGCAUAGAUGACACGGAUGCCUACACAAUGACCUCCAUCCUGCAGCAGCUGAGCUACUUCUACAGCACCAUGUGCCAGAAUGGCCUUGACCCCGAAAUCGUGAGGCAGGCAGUGAAGCAGCUCUUCUUCUUGAUCGGGGCGGUUACCCUGAACAGCCUCUUCCUGCGCAAGGACAUGUGCUCCUGCAGGAAAGGGAUGCAGAUAAGGUGCAACAUCAGCUACUUAGAAGAAUGGCUUAAAGAUAAGAACUUGCAGAACAGCUUGGCCAAGGAAACUUUGGAACCUCUCUCUCAGGCAGCCUGGUUGCUUCAGGUCAAGAAGACCACAGACAGUGAUGCCAAGGAGAUCUAUGAGCGCUGCACCUCCCUGUCUGCUGUGCAGAUCAUAAAGAUCCUUAAUUCAUACACACCUAUAGAUGACUUUGAGAAAAGAGUGACUCCAUCCUUCGUGCGCAAAGUACAGGCUCUCCUAAAUAGCAGAGAGGAUUCAUCACACCUGAUGUUGGAUACCAAAUAUCUCUUUCAAGUCACAUUUCCUUUUACCCCCUCUCCACAUGCUCUGGAAAUGAUCCAGAUCCCCAGCAGUUUCAAGCUAGGCUUUCUCAAUAGAUUAUAGCAGGAGACAAGAGAAUAAAUAGUUUUCCCUCAAAAGCUAACUGAAGGUCAAAUACGAGGGAUGUGGCUUAUUUUAAUUGGAACUGGAAAUGCCUGGGAAUGUGACUGAAGGAAGAAAAUUAGAGUUCUUCCAAAUAGGCUGCAUCUUCUCUUGCUCGUGGUGAUGGUGCUGCUGCUGUCCUCUUAUAACCAUGAACACACACCAACUGAGGUUGGAAAGGACAUGUCUAGCUUUGAAAUCUCAGCCACCUUUUCCUAAAAUUCCUGCAAGGCUCAUGUUUUCUGCCAGAUGCCUCUUGACUAGAUCUGUCUUGUGACAGGAGUCCACCCAGAGGGAAUGAGACCUGGGGACACAGUUUUUCCCAAGUUUUCUAAGGUUCAUAUGAAGCCCAGAUACACUUAUGAAGCCACAAAUGGGUUCCAGGGCUGAAUCUUCCAGAUAAUCCCAUUUGACCAUGGGAUCCUCUCACCUCAUGCCUGUUUGAGGGCCAUGAGGGGUUUCACUAAGUCAUUUUACUCAAAAUGUUCUUGCAUUAAAAAUAUUUAUUUCAGACCCCUCUAAUUUUUAGGAGAAUGUUCAAUCUAAAAUGAAUCAUAUGAAGUAUUUUUAUGUAUACAUCUAUUUAAAACUAAUAUAUCAUUCAAGCUUAAUUGCCACACCAUUUAUCCUCUCAUCCUCCAAUACAACAUUUCUUUAAAUUUUAUCUGUCAAUAUAUUUGCCAUAAUUUUUCAUGUUUAACAUCUUUCAUACAAUAACUUAAAAACCUAAGUUUAAAAGGCAACCUAAAUGAUUUUCUCUACCUUAUCAGCAUUUAAAUAUGUUUAAAAUUUUUCUCAUAAAAAUAAAUGAAUUAUGUCAGUUGCUCCCUUUGAGAAACCUGUUUCUCAAGUUUUGUGGGGAUUGAUUAUUCCUUGUUCCCAUAAGCGUUCUCCUUUCUUCCUUUCAGAGCAUAAAACAUCAUUUGAUAAGCACUUCUGACCCCAUGGCCUGUGGACCCAGCGCUGUUCUGCUUCAUCCCAAAGUCAUAGGCCAUAGUUGUGAUUCUGUUACAUGGACAUAUAUCUCAGGGGUGGAAAUAAUACAUGAUUAUGAAGAAGCAACAUUGUCCUACUAAUAUGUAAUAAUGUCUUUUCUAUUAUAAAUGUUUAAUUUAGUUCAUUUAGAUACAUUGUAUAUGAAGAAAAGAGAAAUAGAACUUUGUAACAUUCUUUUUUUGACAAAGCAAAAGACUUCAUUGGGAAGGGGUGCCUGGGCAGAGAGCAGCAGGGUCAGGGAACACUGGAGAACUGCUCUCUUUAGAGGGGGGUGGGGGUGAAGGAGAAAAGAAUAGCUUUAUUGCUUUGCCAGUCAAAGGGUACCACAGCAGGCUCGUGCCUUCAAAAACUGUGUGUCCCUGUAACAUUUAACCAAUAAAAUAAAUUAUCAAAUGAA